AUGCAAAAGGAGAUGCAAGAGCAACUGCAGGCUCAGAUGCAAGAGCAGCUGGCUAAAAUCCAGCAGGAAAUAAGAGACCAAAUAUUGGAGUCCCAGAGAAACAUGCUGGAAUCACAAAACAACAUGAUAAGCCAGCUGACACAGCUGUUUAAAGGAAGGUCUGACAAAGGAAAAGGCCCUAUGGUGGACACGGGAAAUGACAAUGAGGAUUCCGCUUGUCCUACAAGUUUUGUGCCAGUGAACAUACAAACACAACCACCAAUGGUGUCUGUUAAUGUCCAACCUCUUUAUCAAACUGGUACCUCGGCACCAGUAAACUUUCUAGUAGGAUCGAACACCAAUCCUAGAGAUAAUCUGGCAAACCCUCAGGUCCCUGAAUUCGACGCCGCAGCAGAGGUGGAAAAGACAAAGGCUGAGGAACUGAGUUUGGUCCCGGACUUAGUACUUCCCCCGAAGUUUAAAAUGCUGGAGUUUGAAAGAUAUAACGAAACUAGCUGCCCUGAGGCUCACAUUACGAUGUUUUGUCGAAGGAUGACGGGGUAUGUCAACAAUGAUCAAUUGUUGAUCCAUUGUUUUCAGGACAGUUUGAGUGGGGCUACAGCGAAAUGGUACAAUCAAUUGAGUAGGACCCAAGUCAAGUCGUGGAAGGACCUAGCUCAAGCCUUCAUGAAGCAGUACGACCAUAUAACGGAUAUAGCACCUGAUCGGAUCACACUCCAGAAUAUGGAGAAGAAGCCAAGUGAAAGCUUCCAGCAGUAUGCUCAGAGAUGGAAAGAGGUCGCUACACAGGUCCAACCACCGUUGCUAGAAAAAGAAACAACCAUACUCUUCAUCAAUAUAUUGGAGGCGUCUUUCAUUACUCACAUGUUAGGUAACGCAACCAAGAGUUUCACGGACAUAGUAAUGUCUGACGAAAUGAUAGAAAAUACCAUAAGAUCGGGUAAAAUAGAAGUUGGGGAGAACAUGAGAAGGCUAACCCCGAAGAAAAGAGAGAAUGAAUUAGGUAAUGUGAGCUCAGGUUACGCAAAACCUGCCACUGUUAAUCAGUCAAGGGCGAUAGUCACAGGCCAGCAGGCCUCACCAAGGCGGGAGCCUAACACGAGACAGAACACAGAGAAGUUUCAAUUCACUCUCAUACCAGUGACAUAUAGGGAGUUGUACAAAAGUCUGUUUAAUGCACAUGUAGUGGCUCCUUUCCACUUAGAGCCGUUGCAGCCCCCAUACCCUAAGUGGUACGACACAAAUCUAAGUGCGAAUACCACACAGGGAUUACAGGGCACUCGAUAG